AUGUUUCUAUUUCUUCUUUUGCUUUUUCUUUCUUUUUCCUUCCUUUCUUUGGCUUGUAUGUGUUUGUAUUUUUUUCUUCAGGAAUUUUUCAUUUUGAUAAAAUUUCCAUUUCUCUCUUUUCAUUCUCUUUUCUUUUACCACAGUUUUUUCCUAAUUUAUUUCUUUUACCAUAUCAUUUUUUUCCAUUUAUUUUUCUUAAAGGAAUUCCAUUUCUUCAUAUAUUCCUCUCUUUUUCAUUUUUUUUCUUUUAUUCUCUUUUCCAUUUCUUUUACCGACAUUUUUCUUUUUUUUUUCUUUCUUCAUUUCCAUUUUAUUCUUUUACUUUCAUUUCUCUUUUCAUAUCUAAAAAAUUUCCAUUUCUCUUUUUAUUUCUCUAUUUAUUUUUACCGACAUUUAUCUUCUUUCCAUUUUUGGCUUUUAUUUUUUUCUCUCUUUUUUAAAUUUCAAUACAUUUCAUAUAUAAAAAUCUUUUCCAUUUUCUUAUUCUCUUUUCUUUCUUGCCAAAACAGUUUUAUCUUCUUUUCUUUUCUCUCUUUAUUUGAAUUUUUUCAUAUAUUCUCUCUUUUCAUUUCUCUUUUUUAUUUCUCUUUUCUCUUUUUAAAUUUUCUCUUUUUUCCAUUCCUUUUCUCUUUCUUUUUCUCAAUUUUUAUUUUUUUUUCUAUUUCUCUUUCAUUUUUUCAUAUCAUAAAAUUUUCUCUUUUCAUUUCUCUUUUUUCUCUAUUCUUUUUUACCGACAGUUUUCUCAUUUUAAUUUUCUCUUUGGCUUUCUAUCUACUCUCUUUUUCCUUCCUUUCAUUUAAAUUCUUCUCUUUUCCAUUUUUUUCUUUUACAUUUCUCUCUCAUUUCAUUAUAAAAAUUUCCAUUUCUCUUUUAUCUACCAUAUUUAAUUUUUUUUUCCGACAUUUUAUCCUUCCUUUGCUUUGGCUUACUAUGUCUUUUUUUUAUCCUUCCUUACCAUAUUUUCUAUGUUUUUUGUAUUUUUUACUUUUCUCUCUUUGGUUCAUUUAUAAAAUUUCUCUUUCUCUUUUAUUUCUCUUUCUUUUUUACCGACAAAUUUUAUUCUUCCUUUUCUUCUCUUGUAUGUGUUUGUAUUUUUUUCUCUCUUUUUUUCAUAUAAAAUUUUUCUCUCUUUUUUUAUUCUCUAAAUUUUUUUACCGACAGUUUUCCAUUUUUCUCUUUUUCUUUUCUCUCUGUAUUUCCAUUUUUUACUUUUUCUUUCUCUUUUUCAUUUAUAUAACUUUUUCAUUUCUUUCUCUUUUAUUCUCUUCCAUUUUUUACAACCAUUCUCUUUCUCUUUUAUUCUCUUCUCUUUUUGGUUUCUCUUGUCUGCGUUUGUCUUUUUUAACCUACAUUUUCUUGGUCCACAUGUAA